ACGGAAUUCAAAAUUUCGUUUGUAUACAUUUCAAAUACGAUUUGUUUUUUUUACUUCUUUUUCUUCGUGUUGUUUCCUUUUGAAAGCGAGAGUUUGUGUAACACAGUGUGUGUGUGUUUUUAUUCCUUUUCGUCCUUUUUAUAUUUUCUAACUACAAAUUGAAUAACGCGUUUUACGGGAAAAUGAAAAAAAUUACUAUUAUUUAUUUAUAUUUAAUAACAAGAUUUUUUUGUAAAAUUAAAGAAAUGUAUAUUUUGUAAAUAGUUUCUUCAUUUUUUGGUGUUGUUAUUUUUCCAAUACUCAGUGCAUUUUUCCCCAAACACAUUAAUUUUUACUAAGGUUGCAAGGCAAUUGAAAUACAAUGUAGUUGAAAGUCAACUAUGUUUAUUACAAAGGGAGGAGCCCCAUUCCAAUUCGAACGUACAAAGAUGCUACGUAGUUACGCAUAGUUGGAAAUUUGUGUUGAAGUGUAUAUAAAACAACAACUAUAAAGUAAAAAGAACUAAAAAGAAUUAAAAUAGAAAGAGCAGAAAAUUAAUAAAAACAUUUUAUAGAAAGCUUAAAAAAUUCAACGAAGUAUACAUAUUUAAAAAAAUACAAGAAAACAUCAAAACUACAAAGUGUUUUGUUCUCAAAAAAAAAAAAAAAAAUUAAAUAAAAUAAUAAUAAUUAUAAAAAGACUAUAGCAAAUCUUUAAAUAUAUCAAAAAUUUCAAACAUCGGAAAAAUCUUAAACUAAAUCAGACAAUUCAGACAGUCACACACAUCGUUAUUUUUAGCGGGUUUAACCAAAUUAAACUUUAUAAUUUCAUAUUUUUUAUUUUCUUCUAAAAGUCUACGAACACACGAUUACGACUAUCCCGAAUCCGAAAUGGAUGAUCGAGAAAGUUUAUAUUUUGAUACAAUAUCAUUAGCCGAUUCAGAAGCGGCAGCAGCAGCUGCUGCUCAUCGUAAAUCUUUAUCACAAUCCCGCAAUACAAUCUAUCAUUCUGCGGUAGAUUUGGCAGGUGACGAAACACCCUCCCGCAGGACGGGUAGUAUGCGUGAAAAUGGUCAUAAAGCAAGAUCAUCAUGGAAUCCAAAUUAUAGACACUCUACACCAUUAGAUCAAUAUAUGCCACCAAAUAUGAAUGGUGGUCUGGCUGGUGGUGGAGGUAUAGCGGGUGCUGGUGGAGGAGGAGCAGGUUUUUUGGGGGGUGGUGAUUAUACAGACGCUGUUUUAGCUGCACAGGUAAUGGCUCUACAAAAUGGUCGUGCUAAUUAUAGUGCUGGUAAUGGUGCCGGUGAUACAUCACUACAAGUGGCCAAUGAUAUGGAGGUCUCUAGGCGACUCUUACAGAAUAGUACACAAACUAGUAAAGAUAAGAAAUUGCCAAUUACGUACUCCCAGUGGAAAUUUAGGACAAGACGCCGCUUCCAAGAUGGUCAACGUAGUGUUGAUUUUGUUUUGGCCUUUAGCGGUGCCGAUCACAAGUUGGAUAAUAUUAAGAAACGUGAAAUUUUCGAGGCAAAUUUAGAGAAGGAAGGCCUUCACCUAGAACGUGAUAAUACUCAACGUAUACAUUUCAUUAAGAUUCAUGCCCCCCAUGAAGUGUUGUGUCGUUAUGCUGAAAUUCUUAGAAUUAAAUUGCCAAUGAAAAAGAUACCCGGUCAAGAUCAAAUCUAUGCUGAAGAAUUUGAAUUGAGUGAGAGUGUAAGAUCGUGUUGUGCGAAAAUAUUUAAAUCUGUCCAACUUAAUCCAGAGAAAUUUCCACCUAAACCAAAACGUAUUUAUUUUGAAUUUCAACGUAACUAUGAGCAUUUAUUCGAUUUCGAACAACCAAAUUUCUUUGAUGCGGGUACACGGAAUUAUAUUAUUAAUUUUAUAUUGGAACGACAAAAUUUCGUAGAAGGUGAAGAAACACCAGAUAAUUUAGGCAUAGAGAAGUUAUUGGCCGAUGGUGUUUAUGAGUCGGCCUACACAUUACAUGAUGAUACUGAUCGUGAUUUAUUGUUAAGUGAGUGGGCCAAUUUAAAGAAAUGGAAACAUUUACAACCUUUGGAUAGUAUAAAGGAGUAUUUUGGUGCCAAGGUGGCAUUAUAUUUUGCCUGGUUGGGUUUUUAUACACACAUGCUGAUACCAGUUAGUAUAAUUGGAAUUUUAUUUUUUAUAUACGGUUUUGUAACUUGGAACUCAGAUCCCAUAAGUCGAGAAAUUUGUAAUGAUAACAAUGCAACCUUAAUGUGUCCGCAAUGCGAUCGUAAUUGUGAUUAUUGGCAGCUAAAGGCCACAUGUAAUUCAUCGAAAAUAAAUUAUUUAAUAGACAACAAUAUUACAGUGGUAUUUGCUUUUGUAAUGUCGAUAUGGGCCGUUUUAUAUCUUGAACUUUGGAAACGUUAUUCUGCUAGACUGGUGCAUAGAUGGGGUCUUACCGGCUACACACACGAUGUAGAGCAUCCUAGACCUCAAUAUUUAGCAAAAUUACGUAAAAAUAAGAAACUGGCAGAUAAACUGGAACAUGAGAACAGUGUAUUUGAGCCAGAUGUGCCUUUUUGGACCACAAAGUUCCUUCCCAGUUUUACCAGUUAUAGUAUUAUGGUUUUAUUUAUAUGCAUAUCAAUAAUUGGCAUCUUUUCCAUGGUGGUCUAUCGCAUGGCUCAGCGUGCUUCGCACAGCAUCUUUGGCAAUGAGGAUUCAAUGACCUAUAAAAUUAUGUUUUUACCCAUGACGGCUGGUGUUAUCGAUCUAAUACUGAUUUCCAUACUUGACUAUAUUUAUGGUUCCUUAGCGGUAACGCUCACAAAUUGGGAGUAUUGUCGCACCAAAUCUGAAUACGACGAAAGUUUGACGAUCAAGAAUUAUGUUUUCCAAUUUGUAAAUUACUACUCUUCACUCUUCUAUAUUGCUUUCCUUAAAGGAAAAUUUGUUGGUUAUCCCGCAAAAUAUAAUCGUAUACUGGGCUUCCGUCAGGAAGAAUGCAACCCUGGUGGAUGUCUUAUGGAACUGUGUAUGCAAUUAGUCAUUAUUAUGGUGGGUAAACAGGCUGUGAAUGCAAUUGUGGAAAUGUUGAUACCAUAUUUGACCAAGACUUUUAAGAAAUUUGGCACUCGUUGUGGUAUGCGUAAAAAGAAUAACGAGGAAAAAUUGGUGUCGUGCAAUCAAUGGACGGAGGAUUAUCAUUUGAUACCGUGGACGAAUCAUUCGAUGUUUCUAGAGUACUUAGAAAUGGUUCUCCAAUACGGCUUUAUAACUCUAUUCGGUUUAGCCUUCCCCCUAGCGCCUCUAUUAGCCCUUAUCAAUAACAUCAUUGAAGUGCGAUUGGAUGCCAUAAAAAUGUUGAAAUUCAUACGUAGACCCGUUGCUGAAAGGGCACAUGACAUCGGUGUUUGGUUUAGUAUUAUGACUGUGGUAACAAAAAUUGCCGUAGCUUCAUGUGCUAUGAUUAUUGCCUUCUCAACAAAUCUUAUACCAAAACUAGUCUACAAAACUGCCACACAUGAUGAGACACUUGAAGGCUAUCUAAACUUUACCUUGGCUUAUUUUAAUACCAAAGAUUUUCAAAUUCAACCGCUGAUAGUGGGAUCGCCCUAUACGAAUGUGACUUCUUGUCGUUAUACAGAAUUUAGAAAUCCACCAUGGGAUGAAAAUCCCUAUAAAAGGCCCAUGAUAUAUUGGAAAAUUUUGACGGCUAGAUUGGCAUUUAUAGUGGUGUUUCAGAAUAUUAUUGGAGUGUUACAAACUAUUAUAGCUUGGGCUAUACCCGAUGUCUCGGGUAAGCUACUGAAACGUAUUAAACGGGAAAACUUUUUGUUGCGUGAGCAUAUCAUUGAGUAUGAAAAGAUUAUGGCCCAAAAAGCAGCUGCCAAAAAACUUGUAGAUAAAGCUCACACCGUGGCUUCCAAUAUAUUAAAAGGUGUCAAUAAUACUUUAAAUAAUAGUGGAUUUUCAGAUCCCAUCGAAGAGGAAGAUGAUGAAGGAGUACAGCUACGUAAACGUAACGCCAAUGCCAACAACAAUGCAAGUGAUCAUGUUUUAGAUCAUGAUCACAUAACACCAGUGUAGUUUUAAUAAAGUGGAACUAGUUUUUAAGUCACAAGUUUUAUAUUUUUUCAAAGGAUUGUUGAACAUUAUUUGUUUGCUAUAAUUUUAUAAGAAUUAAUGUAAAAAAACUUUAAUUUAUUUUAAAAACAUACAAGUGUUGUUGUAAGCGUAACAAAUUCUAAAUAAUUUCUGUAUUUUAAGUUUUUCUUACUUAUGUUUAAAUUUUAAAUAUUUUAUUUAUUUUUUAAAAUAUUUUUAUUUAGUAUGUACUUAAAGUACUAAAAUUAAACGUUAACAUAAUAAUACAGAAUUGUUAUUUAAUUAUAAACAAAAUAUAAAAAAUACAUAUUUAUUUUAAUUUGCCUUGGAAAAACAGUACGAACAAAUUUUGUACACACA